CGACCCCGGAAGUGGGUCGGGGGCUUGGCCUCUGCCCGGCCUCUGAGCCGGAGCCGGAGGUGUUACCCGAGAGGGGUCGCGCCGCGCUAUCCCGUCGGGCGGCGUACCCCGGGCCGGGCCCGGGCCAAGGGUCCAGGAUGCUGAACGUCCCUUCCCAGUCUUUCCCGGGCCCCAGCUCGCAGCAGCGCGUCUCCUCCGGGGGGCGUAGCAAGGUCCCUCUGAAACAGGGCAGAAGUCUUAUGGAUUGGAUUCGACUGACCAAAAGUGGAAAGGACCUAACAGGAUUAAAAGGAAGAUUAAUUGAAGUAACUGAAGAAGAACUUAAAAAACACAACAAAAAAGAUGAUUGUUGGAUAUGCAUAAGAGGGUUUGUUUAUAAUGUCAGCCCGUAUAUGGAGUAUCAUCCUGGCGGAGAAGAGGAACUUAUGAGAACAGCAGGAUCAGAUGGCACUGACCUUUUUGAUCAGGUUCAUCGUUGGGUCAACUAUGAAUCCAUGCUGAAAGAAUGCCUGGUUGGCAGGAUGGCCGUUAAACCUGCUUUUCCUAAAGUAAUACAUUCACGAUUCCAGAAUGAGAAGUGCCAUGGUCAUACCUUUGUCUCCCACCUACCCUUUUCCCUCCUGUGCAGAGGUGCAGACUAUCAUGAGGAAAAGAAACUCUUAAACGGCAUGCUUCCCAAGAGCCAAGUGACACAUCCACUUGCCAAAGAAGGGCCUAGUUCUCCAAGCUAUGACUGGUUCCAAACAGACGCUUCAGUCACCAUUGUCAUAUAUACUAAACAGAAGGAUAUCAAUUUAGACUCAGUAAUAGCUGAUCACCGGGAUGAUUCCUUUAGAGCAGAAACAGUUAUCAAGGAUUAUUCAUAUCUUAUACAUAUUGCCCUAAGUCAUGAGAUUCAGGAAGAUUUUUCUGUGCGAGUUGUUGAGAAUGUGGGAAAAAUAGAGAUUGUCCUAAAGAAAAAAGAGAAUACUUCUUGGAAAUGCCUUGGUCAUCCCCUGGAGAAUCAUAAUUCACUUAUUCCAAAGAAAGAUACAGGUUUGUACUACAGAAAGUGCCAGUUAAUUUCCAAGGAAGAUGUGACUCAUGAUAUGAAGCUUUUCUGCUUGAUGCUGCCACCAAGCACACGUCUUCAGGUGCCAACUGGGCAACAUGUUUACUUCAAGCUCACUAUUACAGGUACUGAAAUUGUGAAGCCAUAUACACCUGUAUCUGAUUCCUUAUUCUCAGAGUUCAAGGAACCAGUUCUUCCCAACAACAAAUACAUCUACUUUUUGAUCAAAAUCUACCCUGCUGGACUCUUCACACCAGAGCUUGAUCAUCUUCAGAUUGGAGAUUAUGUUUCUGUAAGCAAUCCCGAGGGCAAUUUUAAAAUAUCCCAGUUCCAAGAAUUGGAAGAUCUCUUUUUAUUGGCAGCAGGAACAGGCUUCACACCAAUGGUUAAAGUACUGAGUUAUGCUUUGACUAAUAUACCCAGUCUCAGGAAAGUGAAGCUGAUGUUCUUCAAUAAAACAGAGGAUGACAUAAUUUGGAGAAGCCAAUUGGAGAAAUUAGCAUUUAAGGAUAAAAGAUUUGACCUUGAAUUUGUUCUCUCAGCACCUACUUCUGAAUGGAAUGGCAAACGGGGAUACAUUUCACCAGCUGUGCUUUCUGAAUUUUUGAAAAGAAGUUUAGUCACGUCCAAAGUCCUCAUCUGCAUUUGUGGACCAAUGCCAUUUACAGAACAAGGAAUGAAGUUGCUGCAUGAUUUGAACUUUUCCAAAGAUGAGAUCCAUAGUUUUACAGCAUAACGAAGAGCCGUCAUUCAAGUGUUUUAGCUAAAUUUGUGAUUACUUAGGGUUUUUUAACCUGUAUACCUUUUGUAUAUAGGUUAACUAGAAUCCAGGUUUUAGUUUCUUAAAUGAAAUCAAAUGUUUCUUCACUAUAGAGACCUUGUUGACUUUAUUUUGUACCAUAACUUAUUUUACUACUGAUAUUUGUCCUGGAAGGUCAAUCGUGGCAACAAGUAUAUACAGGAUUCUUUGUUAUGAAUCACAGAGUUCCUUACCAUUUAAACUGUAUCACUGUUCUACAAUAAGCUCUUGUGUUUUAUGACAUGAUAAAGCAAAUGAUCAUUUUGAUCACAUUUCUAUGCUGUAAGAUGUCUGAUUAGCAAUACAGAUUCAAUUUUACAUUGCACUGUAAGCUCAGGAAAUGAUCAUUUAUGUCCUUGUUGAAAACAUGGAAUGUUAUAACUUAUUAAGUGAUCCAAACAUUUUGUGUGUCUAUGGCCUUGAUACAGAGUAGAAUAAAAAACAUUCUUAAGUACUUUUUAAUCUUUGUGGUAGAAAUGUGUUUGAGUGCAACAGUAUGGGUUAGUGUCUACGGGGAAUUUUAAAAGCAGCAAUAAAAGAUUCUGGAGACACUUCACACACGCAGCUUUGGAUUAUAUGCGUUUAGAAAGUUUGACAACCUUGACAACUAUUUUGAUUCUUAGCCAAAACUAGAGGCAUCAGGAAAGAUAAUGAAAGUAUAGCAUCUGGUCUCAUGGUCUAAAAUAAUCAUUUGGUGCUUUGGAAUAGGUUAAAUUUAAAUUCUUUUUGAGCCCAUGUAGACCAGCUGGGAAAACGAGGAACACUCCAUCCUAAAUGGUACCUUCCUUGGCAGGCUGCUUGCCCCACAGCUGGCGGUUCAGCAGGGAGCCCUCCUAAGCUCUGCUGUGUGGGCAUCUUAUUCUCUCUCCCUGCUGCUGUGUGCAGCCUUCAAAAGCUUUCACAGAUUGGGAUUCUGCAAAGGGUAUCAAGAAAAGCCAUUGUAUAUACUACCCAAGGUAAAAUAGAUAGCUAGUGGGAAGCAGCCGCACAGCACAGGGAGAUCAGCUCGGUGCUUUGUGACCACCUAGAGGGGUGGGGUAGGGAGGGUGGGAGAGAGACACAAGAGGGAGGAGAUAUG